GUUGCGCAUUCGACGUGUGUGCCCGCGGACUAAACCAAGGAGUAGCUACCAAGUGCAGUGCAGUGAUGAGUGCUUCCGGGAAGAGUCUUCUGGGCCUGUGGCUCUACAGGAGUGGCGAGCAGGAGUGGGCCGUCAAGCAGGGCAGUCCCCUGCAUCAGCUGAAAAAGGAUCCAACCUCGGGUCCCUCGCACCCAAAUCUAGCCAGGCACAGCUCGGCUCCUCCAGAGCCUCCAAGGCUGGCCAUCGGAGGCGUCGGCCAGGACAACGCUAGACAGCAUUCCCCUGGCGAACGCAUCUCCAUCAUCUUCACCCUGCGCAACCAGGUGGGGAAUCUGGCCAGGGCCCUGCAGGUUUUCCAGGAGCUGGGCAUCAAUGUGCUGCAUUUGGAGCUCUCGCCGCUGGAGAUGGCCACGAACCAGGCGGAUGUCCUGGUGGAUGUCGAAUGUGAUCCGCGACGGCUCGACCAGGUGGUCAAGAUGCUUAACAGGGAGGUGGCUUCCGUGAACUACACUUCCGUGAAUACCCAUGGCUUGGCCAGGGCGCCGUCGCUGUCGGCCUGCUCCAGUUUCGAUUUUGGGGACAUGGUUUGGUUUCCGCGCAAGAUCUCUGACCUGGACAAGGCUCAGAACGUGCUUAUGUACGGCUCAGAGUUGGAUGCCGACCAUCCGGGAUUCAAGGACCCCGUGUACCGCAAACGACGGGAGCAGUUCUCUGCCAUCGCCAACAACUUCAAGCAUGGAAACCCCAUUCCUCGUGUGCAGUACACACCUGAGGAGGUGAAAACUUGGGGCACCGUUUUCUUGGAGCUCCAUCGACUCUACGUGCUGCAUGCUGUGCCGGAGUACAUGGAAACCUGGCCUGAGUUGGAGAAGUACUGUGGCUACCGCGAGGACAACGUCCCCCAGCUGCAGGAUGUGAGUGUUUAUCUCAAACGCAAGACGGGAUUCCAGCUGCGACCCGUCGCGGGAUACCUCUCCCCGAGGGACUUCCUGUCCGGACUCGCCUUCCGCGUGUUCCACUGCACCCAGUACAUCCGCCACUCCUCGGAUCCCUUCUACACUCCCGAGCCGGACUGUUGCCAUGAGCUACUGGGCCACAUGCCCCUUCUGGCCAACUCAAGUUUUGCCCAGUUCUCCCAAGAGAUUGGAUUGGCCUCUCUGGGAGCGAGUGACGCGGAUAUCGAGAAGUUGGCCACGCUCUAUUUCUUCACCGUGGAGUUCGGGUUGUGCAAGCAGGCGGACAGCAGUUUCAAGGUGUACGGAGCCGGGCUCCUGAGUUCCGUGGCCGAGCUGCAGCAUGCGAUUACGGCGGAGAACAAGAUCAAGAAGUUCGACCCGGAGCUGACGUGCCAGGAGGAGUGCAUCAUCACCUCCUACCAGAAUGCCUACUACUACACCGACUCCUUCGAGGAGGCCAAAGAGCAGAUGAGGGCCUUUGCCGAUAGCAUCCAGCGACCAUUCGGAGUGCGUUAUAACCCGUAUACGAUGAGCGUUGAAGUCCUGUCGAAUGCCCAGAAGAUUACAGCGGUGGUCAGCGAACUACGAGGGGAUCUCAGCAUCGUUUGCUCGGCCCUGCGAAAGAUCUCCGCCACGGAUGAGAAUCUGGAUGUGGACAGCAUCGCCAACAUGCUCCACAACAGCCUCAAUGUCAGAGGGGGAGCCUCUGGAGGCGGCGGCAGUCCGUGCAGUCCGGACAACUCUGACAAUUCCACGGCGGAGGGAGACUAGGAAAGGAAGUCGGGAGCGAGGAACUUAAAGGGAACACGUUUUUGGGACCACAAUGCAGUGUAAUUCGCUUCUCAACUACCUUAAAUCUCAGCUAUCUUGUUAACAAAUCGUUUAGAAAAUGUAGAAAAUCGAACAGAAAUCGCGAAGUCAAUGUUAUUUUUAUAAACUAUCAAGCUAAGCGGAUUAUGCUGCAGAUUCACUCUUUGAACUAAACACGUAUCCAUGUCUAUGUCUAGCAGUUGUUUAUUCAGAUCUUAAAGCUAUGUAAAAACUAAAGUAACAAUAAACUUGCAACCUCUCGA